ACACGUCGGCGAAUACGUCACGCGACUGUAUAAAAGCAUGUUCUUCGCGGUCCUCCAAUGAAUGAAUACGCGCGAGAGAAAUCCGAUUCCGUACCAAAUUCGGUGAUUCUUUUUUGUCUUCUUUGAUUAUUGUAUGAGUGUGAAUCGUUUGUCGACGAGAAUGGCGGAUGUAAUCAGCAAGAACGGCCUCGGAACUUCUGCCGCUGCCGCCGGAGCGACGGAUUCUUCCGCGGCGGCGAGAUCGAGAUGGCAUAUGCUGUGGCCGACUGCUCUCCGGUGGAUCCCUACCUCCACCGACCACAUCUUAGCCGCCGAGAAGCGCCUCCUCUCCAUCGUCAAGACGCCGUAUGUUCAAGAACAGGUCAACAUUGGUUCAGGCCCUCCCGGGUCCAAAAUCAGGUGGUUUCGUUCUACGAGCAAUGAGCCACGUUUCAUCAACACUGUUACCUUUGACGCCAAGGAAGGUUCUCCAACACUUGUGAUGGUUCAUGGAUAUGGUGCAUCUCAAGGACUUUUCUUCCGGAAUUUCGAUGCGCUUACCAGUCGUUUUAGGGUUAUCGCUAUUGAUCAGCUCGGUUGGGGCGGAUCAAGUAGGCCUGACUUUACAUGCAAAAGCACUGAAGAAACUGAGGCAUGGUUUAUUGAUUCCUUUGAGGAAUGGCGUAAAGCUAAAAACCUCAGCAACUUUAUACUCUUAGGACAUUCUUUUGGAGGCUAUGUCGCCGCCAAAUACGCACUUAAGCAUCCUGAGCAUGUUCAACAUUUAGUAUUGGUGGGAAGUGCUGGUUUUUCAUCAGAAUCAGAUGCCAAAUCCGAGUUUUUUACUAAAUUUAGAGCAACAUGGAAAGGAGCAAUUCUUAACCAUUUAUGGGAGUCUAAUUUCACUCCUCAAAAGCUGGUUAGAGGAUUUGGUCCUUGGGGCCCGGGUCUUGUAAAUCGGUAUACAACUGCGAGAUUCGGUGCACAUUCCGUGGGAACUGUCUUGACAGACGAGGAGUCCAAAUUGCUAACCGACUAUUUCUAUCAUACAGUGGCUGCGAAAGCAAGCGGAGAACUGUGUUUGAAAUACAUCUUCUCCUUCGGAGCAUUUGCCCGGAAGCCCCUCUUAAAAAGCGCAUCGGAAUUGAAAGUUCCAACGAGCUUUAUAUACGGAUCCGAAGAUUGGAUGAACUAUCAAGGUGCAGUGGAAGCCCGGAAACAGAUGAAGGUUCCCUGCGAAAUCAUCCGAGUUCCAAAGGGAGGGCAUUUCGUGUUCAUAGAUAAUCCGACAGGGUUCCAUUCGGCAGUACUCUAUGCUUGCCGUAGGUUCAUAUCUUCUUCGGACGCCGAUCCCCAACACGUCCCUCUCCCUGAGGGUCUUCAGUCUGUUUAGUAUUAUUUAUAUGUGUUUUAUGUGUGUGUGUAUAUAUAUACGUUGUUAUAUCCUCACAUGAGGAAAAAAUAAAAUAGUCAAAAUGAAAAUUCAUUUCAUCUGUUAUGCUCAUUACUUGUUCAUUCAUUUCUUCUGUUGUAUCGGAUUUUUUUUUUUCUGGCAGAU